AUGGGGAAACUAAGGACUGUUUUCAGAAUCUUCUGUUAUGCAAACAAAAAGGAAACAACCAUUCUAAUCUUGAGCCUGCUAGCUGCCAUAGGUAACAGUUUCAUAUCACCAUUUGCUAUAUGGGCACUUUUCACACCGACUCUGAAAUUGUUCAUGAAAAUGGAAACUCCGGGAAAUCCAUUUAAUGUCACCAGGAGAGAAUUGAUUUCUAGGGUCUCAGAGAUUGGCUAUGGUUACUUCACACUCUCUGCGAUAGAUUUCAUUUUAGGUAUCAUUCAGAUUAUGGCUUCAGAAACAGUUUCUCGUAAUAUAAUUGCCAAAAUAAAAACUGACUAUCUUGCAAAGAUGUUGUCGAUAGACAUUAGCUGGUAUGACAAAUCUCAGGAGCAGUUCAUAAGUACUGUAUCACAG